GUCCAGGGGGUCCCUAAAGCCCCCUGCCCAUAGAACGCCAUGCGAGCCACCGUGGAGAGCCACGAGAGCAGCCCACGUCUGCCGGCCAUCCGGGUGUUGGUGGCCCUGGGACAGGAGGACCUCUCCAUCAAGAUGAGUGACCGGGGUCUGGGUGUCCCCCUGCGUAAGAUCGAGCGUCUCUUCAGCUAUAUGUACUCCACUGCACCCACCCCACAGCUGGGGGCUGGGGGGACCCCCGUGGUCGGUGCCCCCCUGGCCGGCUUUGGGUACGGGCUGCCCAUCUCCCGCCUGUACGCCAAGUACUUCCAGGGGGACCUGCAGCUCUUCUCCAUGGAGGGCUUCGGCACCGAUGCCGUCAUCUACCUGAAGGCUCUCUCCACGGAUUCGGUGGAGCGGCUGCCGGUGUACAACAAGUCGGCGUGGCGGCACUACCAGGCCAGCCAGGAGGCAGGGGAUUGGUGUGUGCCCAGCACCGAGCCCAAGAACACCUCCACCUACCGUGUGCCAUAGGGUGGGGGCACCGCCGGGACCCCCACUGUGUUGGCACUCGGGUGCGGGAGCGGGGGUGGCAGUGGGGUAUUACAGGAGGGAGGGGGAAGCCCUUGUUGUCUCCAGCCUCGGUGCCCGCCCCACGGUGGGCGCAGCCCUAUGGGCAGCG